GGGAGUUAACUGUUAACAGUGCAGCAGGACAUCUGAACAUACUUUUGAAAAAUGACUUUUAGAUCUACAAGCAUCCCAGACUACAGCACCACAAUAUCAUAUGGAGACAAAAACGACACCAAUGACACUCAAUGUCCAGAUCAUGAAGUCUGGGAGUGGCUCACCUCCAGCCAACCUGUGUAUAUUCUGCUCAUCGCUGUGCUGGGAAUUCUGCUUAACAUGUUCGUCCUGAUUGUUUUCUGCCUCCACAAGAAGGCCUGCACCAUAGCUGAGAUCUACUUGAGCAACCUGGCUGCUGCUGACCUCGUCCUGGUGUCCUGUUUGCCCUUCUGGGCCGUUAACAUCAUCAGUGAUUUUCAGUGGCCUUUUGGUCAUUUCAUGUGCAAAGCCAUCAAUGUGGGGAUUAAGAUCAAUGUCUACUGCAGCAUAUACUUCCUUGUUCUGGUUAGCAUCGAUCGCUAUGUGGCACUGGUUCAUGCAAUGUCUCACGGAAGAAUGCGUAGUCCAAAAUAUGCUAAACUAGGGUGUCUGCUGACGUGGGGUUUUGGCCUACUCCUGAGUAUACCUACGUUCAUCUUCAGGGAAGUGAGAUAUUUCCCUGAUUAUGGUACCGUGUGCUAUCUGAACUACCCAGACCACAAAGUGGAAGUGCUCUGUGAUGGGAUGUUGAUCAUUUUUAGCUUCAUUAUUCCCAUUUCAAUUAUCACAUUUUGCACUUUUAAUAUUAUUCAGUCUUUGAAAUUGCAGGCAAUUGAGAGGUUCAAUGCUGAAAACACAGAACGAAAAGCCACCAUUUUGGUACUGGCAGUCCUCCUGGCCUUUCUAAUAUGCUGGGUGCCAUUCCAUGUAGUUACCAUAGUGGAUGUGCUUUUACGAGCAGAGGUACUGGAAGGCUGUCACCUUGAAAAUGCUCUUGACAUCAGCAUGCAGAUCUGCACCUACUUAGCCUUCUUCAACAGCGUUCUUAACCCUAUCCUGUACGUUAUUGUAGGAAAGAACUUCAGGAAAAAAGUUCAGGAACUCUUCCAGCAGUGGGGGAUUAGAAAGAAAUUAACAUCUGAGUCCACACGUUCAAAUCUGUCCUCUACAUUGAAAACUUCUGUAUAAAAUGCUGCACUCUUUGUGUGCAAAAGUACAGAAGAAUGAGAGUAGUGUGGAGUCAUUUAAUAAUAUUAUCUUAAUAUGAUAUGGUUAAAAUGAUAUGCUAGAUUCAUAAUUGAAAGCUAUGUAAUAAUCUGGCCAAAUCACACAUUGUUGAGAGAUUGCUUAACAUACUCUUUCUUUACAAUGUUAACGGAUGCACAAGGUUUUAAUGCUAUCUUCAGAAAAAGUGACUGUGUUUCAGAUUACUAACAAAUGCAAAACACUUAUGUCUUUUAGCCUGAACUGGGAAAAAACAAAAAAACAAAAACUGAAGACACAUUUUGGAUUUUCUGUGUGUGAUAUGGUUGGGUUCAUAUGUUAUAAACAUUACUAGGCAUUAGAAUUUAGGAAGUACAGGCAGUGUGAUGUAAAUCUGUGUGCAGAAAAAAAUAACAUAAAUAAAUGUUUUCUAUUCUGUAGUUUAUUGCUGAAGAUGCAACCAGAACCACUAUUUGUUUUACUCAGAACAUAAUAUUAAAUAAAACCAACAAUGUGGUCUUUUGCUUUCUGAAUCUUUAUGAUGCAUUCAACUGUUGAGCAUCAGAAGCUGGAUGUUGGACCAAAUGCUCCAAGGGUUUUCUGGUGUUUCUGACUCACAGUUUCCAGAGUUAAACAGGAUUCUCCCAACGAGUUUCCAGUCGUGACGCACAGACAUGCUUCUUUUGUU